AAAAGGAAAGGCACCAGACCAGAAGAGAAGCCAUUUCUGGAGCCGACAGGACAAGACAAAAGCGCACGUUUCCUUGAACCUGCCAAUCCUUCUCCCCUCCUUCCUCCUCUCCCCUUCUUCAGCAGUCAGUCGGUCGGCCAGCCACGGUCGCCGGAGACCGGUCAUGGGUCGCCGUCUCCGCCACCGUCGCCGGAGAGAAGGCGGAGGUGUCGAACCGGAGAUGGAUCCCGGUAGCCCGCCGAGCAGUCCUCAUUUCUUCAAGAUCGUGCUCUCCCGCGCGCUCGAAUCCGGAAAGCUUGGAAUCCCAAAAAGCUUCUUGAGAAGAUAUGGGAAAGACCUCUCGGGUUUGGUGCUUCUCAAGGUUCCGGGUGGUUCGACCUGGCCGGUGAAACUAGAAAAGAGUGACGAUGGCAAGGUUUGGUUGUGGAAAGGGUGGCGAGGUUUCAUGGAACAUUAUUCGAUUGGUCAUGGUCACCUCCUAGUCUUCAAGUACAAAGGGGACUCUGUUUUCCACGUGAUAAUAUUCGAUAAGAGUGCUUCAGAGAUUGAUUAUCCAUCGAGCAUCGAAAGCGAUAUGUUAAGCCCUGAGGAGGAAUUCCUCUCGCGAAAAGAGGAAGAUGUCGUGGAAAUCAAAGAUUCAGAGGGUUCCAUGCCUUGUUCACGGCCAAGUUCAUACAGGUCAUCUCGAGAAUAUGGAGUUCCAAGUCUUCUCGCUGCUUUUGAAUUAGCCAGCGAAUUCAAAUCGGAACAUCCCUUUUUCAAAGUGGUGGUACAGCCUACGUAUGUUCGGAAAUCUUUGACCAUCCCUCGUGAAUUCUUCAUCAAGCAUGUUCAAAAGAACAAGCAAAUCGCAACUCUUAGGUACUCAGACAGAUCGUGGCAGGUGAAGCUAAGGAGCCAUGAACAUAUGGCAUGUCUCUCUAUUGGUUGGUCCUCAUUUGCAAGAGAAACUGGUCUCCUUCUAGGAGAUUGCUGUGUGUUCGAGCUCAUUGAUAGGGAUGACAUUGUCUUCAGAGUCUCCAUUUUCCGCAGUGAUGGUCAGAUCCUAACCGAACAAUCUCAAUGCCAAGAGCACCCUUCAGAGUCAGCUUUCCACGCUUCUCCAUGCCUGAGCCCUGUCAUUGCUCAUGAAAGAGCUUGCCAAUUUGAAUCGGAGUAUCCAUUUUGCAAUGUCGUGCAAUCAUAUCGUGAUAUCGCCAAGUCAUAUUAAAAGACAAACCGUGACCAUUCCAUGGCAGUUCAUAAAGACAUACAUUCAGAAAGACCAUCAAAUGGUGAAUCUUGUUUAUUUGGGCCAAUCGUUUGAGGUGAAUCUCCGGGUCUAUCAGCACUUACACAUUGCCAUCUUGGGGGUCGGUUGGUCCGCGUUGGCAAGAGAAGCUCACCUGCGCAAAGGAGAUGUCUGCAUGUUCGAGCUCCUCGAUAGGGACAAUAUCGUGCUCAGGGUCUCCGUCUUCAGUAGUGCGAAUAAGGAAGUGAUUUGCAUUGAGUGAGACUAACAGCGGGAAGUGUCACACUUUAGGCUGUUUUCGGUGCUGAGAGGAAGUCGAGAAACGAACUGCCUAACACUACUAGUUCGUGCUUCCUUUAUCUAAUACCGUGAUUUAAAAUCAUGGAAGAAGCUCACUUCUGCUUGCUCGCAUAAAUCUUCUUUGUUUCCCGGUAACCGCAAAUCAGGUGAAUGUAAAAUCUACUCAAAUCAGAACGUUCAUGAGAGCAGUUCAUUGACGGGCUAGAAGAAAAACAGGGCAAGAAGGAAGAAAAGAAGGAAAGGCAGUUUGUGUGAUGCUUUUGAAGCAUCACUGCAAUCAUUUUACAUAAAAAUGAUUAUGUACUCGAAAAAAAUAUCAAGUACGAAGUAUGACAUUCUAUCGUUCUCUUA